CACAGCCUCAAAGAGUCAGAAGCUCCGAGACCAGAAAAGUCUUUACAACUUACACCUUCAUUUUUGAAAAGAUUCUGAUAAUCAACUCUCUCCUAACCAUCAGAAGACAAAGAAGAAAGAAAAUGUUAAAAUCAGUCCUUUCAAAUUUCUGAUUAAACGUGGAAGUUUUCAGAAAAAUCCCGGAAGAAAUUUGCAGCAUUGCUAUGGCCAUGAGUGAACAUACAAAUCUACCUGAAAUGACCAAAGACUGGACCAAAGAAGAUGUUAAACAAUGGGUAACAGAAGUUCUUCAGAUUGAUGAGGAAUAUGGACAGAUUCUGCUCAAUGAAAAAGUGUCAGGAUUAGCCCUGCAAGAAAUAACUGAGGAGGACCUUAGAGAAAUGGGACUUCCACGAGGUCCAGCACUUUUGAUAAAACGGACAUAUAACAAAUUGAAUAAUAUUUCCCCUGAAAGUAACUCCCCAAAUUCUAGACCAUUAGAUUCUACAAAUGUCUCCAAGAAGAAAAGCAAAAAAAACUCACAAAAUACAAAAGAGGAAAAAUUAGUGUCAUCCAAUAGUGAUCAUGAUCUAAAGGAGUCAGUAAAUACCAAGGAACAAGAAUCAGUUCCUAUAGAAAAGGAUUCAUUAGACUAUCAAGCAAUACCUGAAGACCAAAAGGGUAAGCUAAAAAAGGAACAGUCCACUUGUGUUCCAUAUCCUUUUGAUCAGUUUCAUGACAGUCGACGUUAUGUAGAACAUCAGAUUCUACAACCUGAAACAGGACCACGUAAUCUCAUAGACCCAAUACAUGAGUUCAAAGCCCUCACAAAUACAGAAUCAGUUGAAGAAAAAGACAUUAAAAUGAAAUUCAGCAAUGAAGUCUUCCGAUUUGCAUCAGCUUGUAUGAAUUCACGGACCAAUGGCACCAUUCAUUUUGGAGUUUUAGACAAACCGCAAGGAGAAAUUGUCGGUGUGAAAGUGACCAGGAAAGAUUCUUUUAUUGACCACUUCAAUAAAAUGAUCAAACAUUAUUUUGAAGAUAGUGAAAUCAAAGAAGCCAGGAAAUGCAUUCGUGAACCCAGGUUUGUGGAAGUCUUACUGCAGAAUAAUACAUCGUCUGACAGAUUUGUUAUUGAAGUAGAUGUUAUCCCAAAACACUCUAUAUGUCAAGAAAAGUAUUUCUACACCAAGAUGCAAGAACUAAAAGAUGGAAUAUGGAAACAAACUGAAAACACUUCACUGUUUGUGAGAGAAGGAGCUAGCACUAAAGAUAUUUUGGCCAAUGAAAGGACCCGUGAUGCAGGUUUCAAAGCAUUUUUGCAAGAUUUAAAGUCACUAAUAACAAUGAGAAAAGAGGCUGAAGAAAAAGAUGAGGUGAAAGUAAAUAAGCAGGAAAGUGAAGGACAGAAGUUGAUUAAACUUCUCAUCGGAAAUCGAGAUUCACUAGAUAGUUCAUACUACAAUUGGUACAUUCUUGUAACAAAUAAAUGCCAUCCAAACCAAACAAAGUACUUAGAUUUUCUGAAAGAAAUAAGCUGGUUUGCUGUGCUGGACUUUGAUCCUGAAUCUGUGAGUAAGGGGGUAGUAAAAGUUUUCCAAGAAAGUCGAGUAGCAAAUCAUCAUUUUCCAAGUCAAUAUGUGGAGGGGAAAUCCACACAAAAUGAGACCGUUUGUAGCCUGAAUCUUUAUCAACAAACCAGCUGGAUUUUCUGCAAUGGCAGAUCAGACUUGAAAGGUGCAGUAUAUAAACCUCUAGAACCUCAUUUAUGGAAUAAAAAUAGAGCUUCAGAAGUCACAAAACUGAUAUUAUUUCUCACAGAUGAAAGUAUAAUGGCAAGAGGGAAAUUUCUGGUAGUAUUUCUAUUACUCUCUCCUGUAGAAAGCCCAGGAGACCCACUCAUUGAAACUUUCUGUGUUUUCUAUAAAGCUCUUAAUGGAAUGGAAAACAUACUGUGUAUCUGUGUAAAUUUAGAUAUUUAUAAACAAUGGAAAGAUCUACUAAAGGCAAGAUUGAUAGAGGAAAGUGAAUUAGAAGACCACACUAUUUCCACCUUAAAUUUAGAAUUCCUGAACAGCACUAUCCUGAAACUAAAAUCAGUGACGCGAUCAUCAAAAAGGUUUUUGCCCUCCAAAGGGUCUUCUUCAGUUACCCUUGAAAAAAAAGAAGAGGAUACUUUUACUACACUGGAAAUCCUCUGUGAAAAUGAGUGUAAAGACACUGACAUAGAAAAAAAUGCAUCCAAAUUUCAAGAAUUUAUAAAAUCAAAUGAAGAACAGUUUUAUCGGGGUAGUAAAGUAUCUUGGUGGAAUUUCUAUUUUUCUUCUGAAAAUUAUACUUCAGCUUUUGUCAAAAGGGAUAGUUAUGAAAACCUAAAGAAGCUUAUAGAAGAUUGGGCAGAGUCUCCAAAACCAUUAUUUGCAAAAAUCAUCAAUCUGUAUCAUCAUCCAGGUUGUGGGGGUACUACAUUGGCUAUGAAUGUUCUCUGGGAGCUCAGAAAAAAAUUCAGGUGUGCUGUAUUAAAAAACAUAACAGCUGACUUUGCAGAAAUUGGAGAACAAGUGACCAAACUGAUUACCUACAAGGCAAGCAGCCAUCAGGACUAUAUUCCUGUACUUCUUCUUGUGGAUGACUUUGAAGAACUAGAAAAUGUCUACAAUCUACAAGAUGCCAUUCAUUCCAGUUUAGCAGAGAAGGAUGUACGAUAUGAAAAAACGCUGGUAAUUAUUUUAAACUGCAUGAGAUCCCAAAAUCCUGAAGAAAGUGCCAAGUUAGCAGACAGUAUUGCACUAACAAACCAACUUUCUCUCAAAGAACGGAGAGCUUUUGGGGCUAAACUGAAAGAAAUUGAAAAAGAACACAAGAACUUUGAGAACUUUUAUUCCUUCAUGAUCGUGAAAAGCAAUUUUGAUGACACAUAUAUAGAAAAUGUGGUUAGAAAUAUUUUUAAAGGACAGAAUGCUGACAGUAAAGAAACACAGCUCAUUUCUUAUUUAGCUCUACUCAACUCCUAUGUUACAGAUUCUACAAUUUCAGUGCCACAGUGUGAAAUAUUUUUGGGAAUCAGGCACACUCCAUCACCUUGGGUGCCUGAAAGCAUAGAAGACAAGAUGGGAACAUACUCUACACUUAUAAUAAAAACAGAAGUCAAAGAAUAUGGGUAUAAGGGUGUACGCAUCAUUCAUUCCUUGAUUGCUCAUUGCUGUCUAAAAGAGUUGGAAAAAAGCUAUCAGUUGGAUAUGAGUCGAAUUGCACUGAAUAUGUUAAGGGAGAAACUAUUCUAUGAUUCUGGGAUAGGAAAAGACAAGUUUCAACAUGAUGUGCAAACUCUUCUUCUUACAAGACAUCGUAAGGAGCAUGGGGAUGAAACAGAUACUUUGUUUUCCCCAUUAAUUGAAGAUUUAAAGAAUGAAGACAUCGUUGAAAAUGUCUUAACUGCAGGAAGUAAUAGGUUCCCAAAGAAUGCAUUCAUUUGUCAAGCCUUAGCAAGACAUUUCUACAUUAAGAAGAAGAACUUUGACACUGCUCUGUUUUGGGCUACUCAGGCCAAAACGAAAGCACCUAACAACUCCUAUAUCUCAGAUACACUCGGUCAAGUCUACAAAAGUGAAAUCAAAUGGUGGCUGGAAAAAAAUAAAAACUGCAAAAUAAUUUCUGCUAGUGAUCUAACAUAUUUCCUAGAAGCUGCUGAAAAAGCCUCAAAAGCUUUUAAAAUGUCCCAAGAGCAAACUGAUAAGAAAGACUGUGAAAGAGGGGUUUGGUUACAACAGAGAUUCCGAAGAAAAUAUGACAUGUAUAAUACAGCUGGCUUCCUGGGUGAAAUAGAAGUUGGUCUUUUUGCUAUUCAGAUUCUCCAGCUCAUUCCCUGUUUUCAUAAAGAAAAUGACUUAUCUGAAAAACGUAUGGUAAAAUUUUUAUUGGGAAAGGUAAAUGUUCCUACAGAUCCAAAAAAUGAUUAUUAUUUGGCUCUUGGAAAAUUUACAUCUUACUUACAGAAUUUACAACCAGACUUAAAAAGGUGCUUUGACUUUUUUGCAGAUUAUAUGGUUUUUUUGAAAACAAGGACUGUCCAUAAAGAAAUUACAGAAAUCUCAUUAAGGAAGAAAAUCGGUCAUUGUUUUAUGAGCUAUAUAAGCAUUUUCAACCACUUGGAGUUGGGGACAACACAAGCACAAGAGAACCUGUUACUCCAAGAGGAAAACUGCAGGAAAAGACUAGAAAAAUGUAGAGCAGAUAGGUUUUCUUUACUCCUAGAAUAUCUUAAUCCAAAUUAUAAAGAUGCUGCGACCACAAUAGAAAGUAUAGUCAAAGACUACACCUUCUUAUUGCAGCAAAAUCUUCAAAAUCCAAUGAGAAAGGAGAAACAAAAUUUCAUCUUGGCCAACAUUAUUCUCAGUUGUCUAAACCCCAACUCAGUGUUUAUUGAACCACUUGACACAUUGAAAGAACUGCUCCGGGAAGUGUUACAACUUGCAAAACUAGAUCAUUCUUAUCCAGAUCCUUUUUUCUUAGCCUGCCUCCUGUUUUGGCCAGAAAAUGAAGUGCUAGAUCAAGAUUCCCAAUUACUGGAAAAGUAUGUUUCAUCCUUAAAGAAAUCCUUCAACAGACAGUAUAGGCGCAUGUGCAGGUCCAAGCAGGCAAGCACACUCUUCUAUCUAGGGAACGGAAAGGGUCUCAAAGGCCUUGUUCACAAGACUGAGAUAGAGCAGUACUUCAGUAAGGUACCAAAUACUAGUAUCCUCUGGCAGAAUGGAGAUGUAUGGAAGAAAAAAGAAGUCAAAAGCCUCUUGUGUCGUCUAACUGGUCAGGCUGAAGGCAAACUCAUUUCUAUACAAUAUGGAACAGAAGAAAAAAUAAAUAUACCAGUGAUAUCUGUUUAUUCAGGACCACUCAGAAGUGGCAGGCACAUACAAAGUGUAUCUUUCUAUUUAGGAUUUUCCAUGGAAGGUCCUUUAGCAUAUGAUAUAGAGCUAAUCUGAGAAAGAAGAAAUGAACUCAAAUGUGUUUAUUUAUAUACGUAUGAUUUUCCUCUAUUCUCAUAGUAUAUUGAUGACAUAGCUAGCUUACUCUAAUCACAGUACUUUUGUCUCCUCUAAAGAAUAGGCCUCUGUAGGACAUAGCAAGUUGGCACACAGUCAAGUAGAUUUAAAACAUGCAUUUCAAAAGAAUGAUAGAAGAGUGCAUUUGCAUACAUAAUUUGUUGAAUUUGAACAUAAUUUUGAUAUUCUGAAUUUAUAAAAUAUUUUGACAAUACAAACUAAGUGACACAAAUACUAGAAAACUUUAUUAUUGAAAUCACUAUAAGUACAUGGAGAGGAGCCAGAGAGAUAGUAUAGCUGGUAGGGCUUUUGCCUUCCACAAUGACAACCCAUGUUCAAUUCCCAACAUUCCAUAUGGUCCCCCAUGCCUGCCAGGAGUAACUCCUGAGUGCAGAAUCAGGAGUAACCCCUGAGCAUUGAUGGGUGUGGCCCAAAAAUCGAAAGAAGAAGCAGAAGAGGAAGAGAUUCAGAAAACUAAACAAUCAAAAAAGUCAAGUUUAAAGAAAAAUAGAGGGAUAUGACAAGCUCUUUCAAUAUUUCUAUAGUUGUUCACAUGUGAUAGCUAGUUUAUUUUGUGUUAUUUCAAGAUAGUGUCAACUCUAAGCAUUACAAAUCAAAUGAAAAUUUAUUUCUGCUAAGGACAAGGAGACACUUUCUAACUACUAAUAAUCACAGCUGGUCGAUGUUGGAAGAAGCUUCCUGGAAAGGCAGUGAACUUCUAGUGACCUGAUGUGUUCAAGCUGACACAGAAUAAUCAUCUUGAAAGUGUGCUGUAAAAUAGGUUGUCAAACUCACUGUGAUUAGGGGACAGUUCUUCAAUUCAUUGUGGUCCAAUAUUUUAUAAAUUGUAAUAAAAAUAAAUUGGAAGAAAUAAGAAAGAAAAAAUAUAAAUUCUGUGUUUUGUAGGACAGAAGUUGGGUCACACUGACUGUGCUCAGGGAUUACUCUUGAUUUUGUACUCAGGGGUCACCUAUGUUGGGAAUCAAAGCCAGCACACAAGGCAAGAUAAUACAAGUGCCUUAACUGCAGUACUAUGCCUCCAGCCUUGAAAGUCAAUAUUUUAAUUAUCAGAUUUAAUGAAGAUAAAGUUGAAUUUCAAUUAUUAGCAUUAGAGCAACAGAAAAGGGAAACAUAAAAAAAGAAACUAAAACUGGGAUUCAUUGUAAAUGUAUGUAGCACUGUCGCACUGUCGUCCCGUUGUUCAUCGAUUUGCUCGAGGGGGCAUCAGUAACAUCCCCAUGUGUGAGACUUGUUGUUGCUGUUUUUGGCAUAUCGAAUAAGAGACGGGUAGGUUGCCAGGCUCUCCCAGAGGACAGAGGAAUCGAACCUGGGUCGGCCACAUGCGAGGCAAAUGCCCUACCCACUGUGCUAUAGCUCCAGUCAUUAUAAAUGUAUAUUUAAGAUCAAUAUGGAGAAGUUCACCCUGAGCAUGUCAUUGUCUUCAAAGGCAACUGAAAACAGUUAUGAGUGAUUUAGAAAUUUAGUGAUUUAGAAAUAUAGAUUACUAUAUGCAUACAUUAGAUAAGUAAUAUGCAUGUUCAAAUCUUUAGUGUUCAGUGUGAAAAAAGAGCUUGUUUCUAACCUAGAUCAUAUUGACAACAGCGCUAUUUUCAAAGAAUGAUGUAAAUCUAAACUGAUUCUGUGUUUUUAUUUUUAAUUUCUUUCAUAAUGAAAAUAUCAGCUUUAUAAAAUGAAGAUGACGAGAAUGGGAAAUAAGAAACUUAAGGGCAUGUAUGUAACUCAGAAAUGGAGCACUUUACUCACAUGUAUGAGGCUCUGGAUUUUAUCCCUAGAACUGCAAAAAUAAAAAGAAAGAAAAAGAACAGAAACACUUUCAUCAUGCUCAAAAUAUUUGUUCAGAGUGAAGCAAGUGAAGCUGUAUUUUUAAAAUUCACUUAAAAUUCUCUAAUAGUUACUGUUAGAACAAUGUAUCAUAUACAUUUAUAAUUGUCAUUUUAAAGUCAAUGAAUUCCAUAUCUAUGAAAAAAUUAAAUAUCAAUCUAAUGUUUAUUAAUAUUAAUUUCAUAUGAAUAUUUAAUUGAGAAGUAUCAAUUACAUAUUCUGAUUGCAUCCUGACUUAUUAUAGGCCAAUAAAUCUUUAA